UGAAUCCCGGAACAGAAAAAAUGGAAUAUAGCCCUUCUGUCCCUUGGGUGUAUUUUGUCUUUCACGUUUAAAAAAAAAAAAAAAAACACUUUUGUCUUCAGACCUAUGACUUUCCUCGCCUGCAGUCUCAAUCCGCCUAGCAGAGCCCGUGUUUCGGACGGCUCGGGUUUGGUUGAUUGUGUGACGGAGAUUCUCAGCGAUCACAUACGGCAGGCCGACCUCCGGGCGAGCUGACCCCAACAUCGCCGCUGCUGAGAUCGGAGCUGCCUGUUUCGAAUCACGGAGAUUGCAAUGGCGCUACCGGCCAGCAGGAGGAGACAGGAGGCCGGCUAGGCAGCCCCGCGGAGAGGAGCGGGGACCGCGCUGAAGAGAAGGGGCGAGCAAAGACGGCGCGGAGGCGAGGCUGAGCUCUGCUAAGUGGGGAAGUGCGGAGGAAGAGCGCGGUCUCUGCACCGGCCCGUCGGCGUCCACUCCCAGCCACCUUCUGCGGACACCGCUUCCUAACCCUCCCUUUGGCAGCUUUCAAGGCGCCCCUGGCCCUUGCGCCCACCGGCUCCAUGGCUGCUUCGGCUUCGCGGACCUUCUUGCUCACCGUCGGGGCGCUCCUGGUCCUCUUCGCUGCCCUGCUCCACUCCGCCUCCCCAGAAAAGAAAGUGCCAAACAGACCUUUGAGAACACGCUUCCGUUCAUCAUCUGGCAGGUCGUCCAUUCAGUGGAGACCAUCCCAUUCGGCAGACUCAAGCCCGCGGAGAUAUCCAGGUUAUCUUCGUGGAUAUUGGGAGAGCAACAGAAAAAUGAGUUUUAAAUCUCUGCCAAAAGAAGAAAGAGCCCAUUAUGCUAAAAAAAUAGCAUCUGAAUCAGUAUAUUUGGUUUCACCGCAUUCAAGAAACUUUCAAGGGCGGACUCAACCAGUACAUCAGGUUGUAUUAACCAAGAGGAAAAUCCCAGAGGAAGAUGGAUUGGAAGAAAUGAAAGACAUUGCUGUUCGAGUCAUGUCCUCUCAUUCAGUACUGGUCACAUGGACAGAUCCCUUCAGUGAAAAGCAGAAAAGACCAAUCCCCUCUAGGCAAUACACUGUCCGUUACAGAGAGAAAGGGGAAUCGGCAAGGUGGGAUUACAAACAAGUAUCCAACAAGCGGGUCUUGGUGGAUAAACUAAUUCCAGACACUAUGUAUGAAUUUGCAGUUAAAAUCUCACAAGGAGAAAGGGAGGGCAAGUGGAGUGUUUCAGUUUACCAAAGAACCCCAGAAACCGCUCCUGCUAGUGCCCCAGAAAACCUCAAUGUGUGGCCAAUUAAAGGCCAAACUCCUUCUGUUGUGGCUACCUGGGAUGCCCUUGCAGAAAGUGAAGGAAAAGUCAAAGAAUACAUUCUCUCAUACGCCCCGGCACUCAAACCCUUCGGCGCAAAGUCCAUUUCCUACCCGGGAGAGACUACAUCUGCUUCAGUGGAGGGUCUGCAGCCUGGGGAGCGCUAUGUUUUCAAAAUUCGUGCUGCAAACAGAAGAGGCCAAGGCCCUCAGUCAAAAGCCUUCAGUGUUGCCCUGCCAGCAACCAAUGUAGAUGAAUUGAAGAUGAAUCAACGAACAAAUACAGAAGAAGAUUUGGAACCUAAAAGGUCUAUGAAAAUUAUGCCUUCUUCCCCUUUUCUAACUUUUCUACCAUCUUCUUCCCUUCCCAAACAUACAGAGGAUGAAACAAAGGAUCUAGGACAGGACAGACCUAACCUUCCUCCUGUCCCUAAAGCUACUGUAGAUAAUUUGCCUGUAGAUAAUGAAAGUAACAACCAACUAGACAAUCUGGAGGAUAAGCCUAGAACUCCAGAAGAGAGCCAUUCAGUUUUACUUUCAAGUAAGCAACUGUCUGCAUCCCGGAAGACAACUCAUAGUAGACCCACCAAAUUGCGUUUCCCUUCUAUAUCAGUUAAAUCUCCUUCACCAACCGCAGCUGCAAAGUCUCAAAAUCAUUCACAUCACUUCUCUUACAAACCAAUUAUGCCUGAUACCGGCGAUAUUCUUGAGAGUGAUAAGAGCAGAGGAACAGAAAAAAGAGAGCAGAAAUUAAAUUUCAGGGCGUCUUCUCCCCAGGGAGGUUCAUCUCCAUCUGUGCAAACAAAGCCUCUCACAUAUUCUAAUCGCCAUGCAUUGAGAGAUCCAAAAAUAACUACCUCUGCUGUUUCUGCUGCUGCUACCCAUACUUUACCUCAUUCACGUGUUUUAUCUUCUGAUAAACAUAAGUCCAAGGGAAGAGAUAAUUCUGAUGAUAGUGAAAAUGAAAAGAGUGAAAGAGAAGAUGAAGAAGACAAACAAGGGUCAUCGUAUUCUAGACCAAAUUUUAGGCCCUCUUCAGGCCCGGCUACCUCGGAACGCUUUGAUUUAUUAAAAUAUAGAUCUGUUAUUACUUCUAACAGAUUUGCAAAUAGAGCUACCAAUAAUCAUGAUGCAAAAAUGCAACCACCCAAAGAUCCUUCUGCUACACAGCCUUCCAAAGUCCAUCCUCAAUUUAGUUCUCGUAUAGCAUCUGGCAGUACAAGUCUUAGAUCUAAUUUCAAUAUCGAUAAAAAACAGAGGAGUAAAAAUGAAAAUCCUCUACCAUCCACUCCUCUCCGUAGUUACUCACCACCAUUUGCUAAGCAGUCUUCUUCUGUAGAUGAUUUCAAAAGGAAACCUGUGGCUGAAACUAAGAGUCGCCACAGAGUUACACCAACUAACAAACCUAAUCUUGUAAACACCCAAGAAAAUAAUCAUAAUAAAGAAAAAGAAACCACAGAUACAGAUUCCUCAAGAAUAUCUGUAGAAAAAUCAUUUCCUCUACAUUCUCCUACUUCCUGGUCUCAACUUGAUGAUGGCAAGAUCAAGACUACAUCUCCUAGGACAAAACAAACAUCAUCUUUGUCAAAGAAACCAAACACUGCUUUAUCCCAUAAAAUUGUACAGUCAGAAUCCAUUCGUUCCUCAAAAGCAUUAACUGAUUGGGCACAAGUCCGAUCGUCUUUAAACUCAAGAAGUGAUCUGAUGUUGCUUUCAAAGAAUGACAAAGAACUUACUGAUAAUGACAGUUCAGAAGACAAGGAAACAAAUGUUAAAGAGGAGCAAAGAGGAUCUCCUUUAACACCUGCCAAAGGAGUUCCCAUAUCUAGAAGAAUAUCUACAUCUUUGUCUCAGGGAAGAACCCGCUCUCUUUCAAAGCAUUUUAAUUCUCGGUUUGAUAGAACUGAUAAAAGAUCUCCAACUCAGUUACCAGAAAAACAAGCUGGGUCAAGGGUUAUAACUUCUACUGAAGUUACCUCUAAUAUGUAUAAAUUGCCUUCAUCUUCACAAAGAUCUAAAUAUGUACAACCGACAUCUACCUCUUCCAAAGACACAAUCAGAGACUCUCAAUACAGUAGAGAAACUUCUUUGAAACAAACUCAUCUUUCAGAGCCUCAUUAUCCAUCUGGGUCUAGAAUUUCAAGUAGGGUAGCAUCCCAAAUAAACAAAAAGCAUGGACUUUUCCAGCCAACCCCUACAAAGGUUGAACUAUCUCCAAAACAGCCCUCCUCUAAAAUACAUCAAUCAAUUUCAAAUAGUGAUGGUGAUUACGAAGACUAUGACCGAUCAAGUGUAGAGAAAGAUCCUAUUUUGUCUUCAUCAGCCAAGACUUCACAAAUUUCUAACAAACUGAAAUCCUUGCCUAAAUUAAACUUAGCUUUGCCACAAACCUCUGAAUCUGUGUCUUCUCAUAGUCGCUUGACUUCUGAUGUUUCUCCAACACACUCCUCAACUUCUCCCUCAGUGCCUCCUAUUCAACGAAUACAGAACUCAAGAUUAUUAAAUCCUUCUCAACGACAUCAAUUUCGAUUUCCUCAUAGACAAGGCAAUGGUAGGAGACCCAAUAUGAUGACAAAAACAGAUCUAAAUAAUAAAAUAGUUCCAAAUAAUAAUGGAAAACGAAAUGGACAAAAAAUAAUAAGUGGUCCACAAGGUGCAAAGUGGAUUGUAGAUCUUGACCGAGGGCUGGUGCUGAACGCCGAAGGGAGAUAUCUCCAAGAUUCCCAAGGAAAACCUCUCAGAGUAAAAUUAGGCGGAGAUGGCCGCACCGUCGUUGAUUCUAAAGGAGCUCCAGUAGUAAGUCCAGAUGGCUUACCUUUGUUUGGACAUGGAAGGUUUAGCAAACCUGUAGCAAAUGCACAGGACAAGCCAAUAAUAAGUCUUGGAGGUAAGCCGUUGAUAGGCCUUGAAAUGGUUAAAAAAACCACCACUCCUUAUACAACAACAACUACAACAACUCCUGAACCUACAACGACUCCUGAACCUACAACUACAAUUGCUACAACUACUCCUGAACCUACAACUACUGAGCCACCAACAGAGAAACCACCACCUACCUGUCCUCCAGGCACCCACACAGAGAAUGAUGAACAAGGGAAUCUUGUAUUAGACCCAGAUGGUCUGCCUGAAUGCUAUUCUGAAGAUGUAUUCUCAGGGUUUGAUGCAGAUAUAACAGGAACUACAGAAUCGUACGUGGUUUAUGACGAAGAUUAUGAGUUUUUUGAAACUACUUUGCCACCAUACACCACUACCACCACCACCACUACUACUACCACCACUGAAUCAUUGCCUGAAAACAACUUUCCAGAGUUUAGUGUCACGGGCACAGAUCCUUUAUCAGAAUAUGAUUCUGCUGGAAAGAAACGAUUUACUGCUCCUUAUGUGACUUAUCUAAACAAAGACCCAGCAGCUCCAUGUUCUUUGACAGAGGCACUAGAUCACUUCCAAGUAGAGAGCCUGGAUGAACUUGUUCCCAAGAACUUAAAGAAUACAGGGAUGCAAUCUCCGAAGACUCCUCACAACAUCACCAUAGUAGCUGUGGAAGGCUGCCAUUCUUUUGUGAUUGUUGACUGGGCUGCACCUACCCAUGGAGAUCUGGUAACAGGUUAUUUAGUUUACAGCGCAUCCUAUGAAGAUGUCAUUAGGAACAAAUGGUCAACCAAGAGUGCAGCAAGCACUAAUUUACCCAUUGAAAACUUGAAGCCAAAUACAAGGUAUUACUUUAAGGUCCAAGCAACAAAUCCAUAUGGUUAUGGUCCUAUAAGUUCAUCUAUCUCCUAUGUCACUGAAUCUGAUAAUCCUCUUCUUAUUGUCAGACCGCCAGGUGGUGAACCCAUCUGGAUCCCAUUCAAUUUUAGAUACGAUCCUACAUACUCAGAAUGCAGUGGAAAACAAUAUGUGAAACGGACGUGGUACAGGAAAUUUGUAGGUGUUGUUCUUUGUAAUUCAUUGAGAUACAAGAUUUACCUCAGUGAUGAUCUAAGAGAUAUGUUUUACAGCAUUGGGGAUAGUUGGGGAAGAGGUGAAGAUCACUGUCAGUUUGUAGAUUCACACCUGGAUGGACGAACAGGACCACAGUCCUAUGUGAAUGCUCUGCCUCCUAUUCAAGGUUAUUAUCGCCAGUAUCGACAAGAGCCUGUAUCAUUUGGACGCAUUGGGUAUAUGACACCCUAUUACUAUGUGGGCUGGUAUGAGUGUGGUGUAACAAUUCCAGGGAAGUGGUAGCUGUGCUACGGUCCUCUGCAGAUCGUAACCACAACUUUUGAAUAACUACCAUUGAAGGACUUGGAGCAACUGCAUCUGGGAAUGAAAGAAAACAAAAAUCUCUCAAAGAAGAAACAAGAGAAGCUCACUGGAACUCAAUGAUGUCCUUAUCCUAAAUCAAUGGUGCUGCUUGGUUAUUUUGCUUCAGGACAUAUAUAGGAUGAAUUUGGGGUUGUCCUGCCUUUUUCUCCUUGGUUCUAAUAGGCCUGGGAACGUAACUGAAAUGAGCAGUUAUCUAUGCUCAGUGAAGCCUAAUAUAUUUGAUUAACCACACAGAAAAAAUGGAAUUGUGAUAUAUCUUGCAAGAAGAUGACUUAAGCAUGCUGUGCUUGCAUUAUGGAAUGUUAACCACUUUCCACUGCUAUUAAUAGAAUUCUUUGUUGUUAUCCACUUUGGAUUGUGAGCUUCAAAAUGUUAGCUUACAGCUGCACUAUGUUACAAAACGCCCCUGAAAACCAAAUGGAAGUGUUGCUCACAACUUCUUCUGGGGGUUUGCACAUGGCUGAACAAAAUACCAGGUCACUCUGUAAAUUCAGCUAACACAAACAAUGAACAACCAGUACACUAUAGUUGCAGAAAUACUUUUUAAACUGAGAUUUUGUAAAGAAAAGAAUUUAGAUAAAUACGUUUAUGGGUUAAUGUUUAUGUAAAAGGUGCUAUUCAUAACAAGUCUUCUGAAAAUAUUCUGUGAAAAAUAUACUAUGCACAAUACAUUAAUCA